AUGCGUGCUCUCAGCGACAAUGGCGAUAGCAUGGCCGAGACAAAUGAAACCACAAAAAAAAUGCUAAUUGAAAAGAAGCGAAGCACCGUCAUGAGCUGCGUUUUGCAUAUUCAGAAGCAGCCGUGGGAAGACGGGGCGUUCCACAAGGCAGUUUCAGAGUGGCUCCAGCUGGCAGACUCUAUCGACAAGAACUGUGCCAGCAGUGCGUCGAUUGAGGCGCUUGCCUUCUGGGACUACACCACGGGUGUGCUGGAGUCUCUUUCGCACUACACGCCGGAAGAGCUGGCUGCCUCCAAGGAGAACAUAGACGCAAUAGUUUCGGCGAUGAACGCGCUGCCAAAAAGCGAUGCUGGGGUCUUUUUUUUGACCCGAAUCCUUCUUCUCAACUCGCAGGACGGGUCUAUAUUCAAAAACCGGCUGUCUUGCCUUGUCCUGCAGCUGGAAGAGAUGUACAACAGCCUUUCCAUUAUAUAG